AUGCAUUUCAUCUACAAAAGAGUCCUGAUCAUCGGCGCAACAUCUGGCAUAGGCAUCGCUCUCGCAGAGAAAAUAAUCGCCAACGGUUCCCACGUAGUCGCCGUCGGCCGCAGAAAAGAUCGUCUCGACUCCUUGGUCGAAAAAUACGGAUCGGAGAAGGUCUCAGCGCUGCAAUUCGACAUCACGAACCUGGGAGGGAUCCCAUCUUUCGUGAAAACCGUUCUCGCCUCCCAUCCCGACCUCGACUCCGUCCUCCUCUCCUCCGGCAUCCAACGCCCCCUCGAUUUCUCUUCUCCAGAAAGCAUCGAUCUUGAUCUCGUCUCAACAGAAUCAACAACAAACUACAUCUCCUAUAUCCAUAUCCUCAAAUAUCUCCUCCCAUACUUCCUCUCCUCCUCAUCUUCCGCUUCACCUAAAUCCCUAAUCUUCAUCUCGAGCGCGCUGGGUCUAGUUCCCAUACCGAAAGUGGCAGGAUACUGUGCAAGUAAAGCAGCAUUGCAUCAUUUGAUAUUGUGUAUUAGGGAACAAGUGGGAGGGAAAGGGGUCAAGGUGGUAGAGAUUGUGCCGCCGGCUGUGAGGACUGAGUUGCAUGAUUAUGAUGGGAAUGAAGAGAAAGGUUUAGGUGGGAGAGGAAAGGGGGUAGGGAUGGAUUUGGAAGUUUUUACUGAGGAGGUAUGGAAGGGCUUGGAGGAGGGGAAGGAUGAUAUUGCUGUGGGUAUGGCGGCGAAGGCGUAUGAGGUUUUUGAGGAGAAGAGACAGGGGAUGUUUAGGAUGUUGAUGGAGUUAAUGAAGGGUAGUGGGGAAAAGUGA